CAAAUAAUGAAAUGAUGACAAAGCGCCAUCUGUCUUUUAUUAAUUCUUGUGUUCUCGUUGUAAGAUGGCGGAACAGACCGAAAGAGCAUUCCAGAAACAACCGACGGUUUUUCUGAAUAGAAAACCAGGAUUGACCAAGACUAAAUCGAAAAAAUCAUUGCGAUACGUGAGAAAUGUUGGACUUGGAUUUAAAACACCACGAGAGGCUCUCGAAGGUACUUAUAUCGACAAGAAGUGCCCUUUCACGGGGAACGUCAGCAUUCGAGGCCGUAUUCUGAGAGGGGUGAUAGUAAAAAUGAAGAUGCAACGUACCAUAGUUAUUAGAAGGGAUUAUUUGCAUUAUGUUAAGAAAUAUAAUAGAUUUGAAAAAAGACAUAAGAAUAUGUCUGUUCAUUUAUCACCAUGUUUCCGAGAUGUAGCCAUUGGUGACGUAGUGACUGUGGGAGAAUGUCGACCAUUGAGCAAAACGGUUCGCUUCAAUGUUUUGAAAGUUACCAAAGCAGCUGGGGCCAAGAAACAAUUCCAGAAAUUUUAAUGUUUAUUUUACAAUGUAUAUUCAGAUUAAAAAUAAAUACAUUGUCUGAUA